UUUCCCUCAGCUCCUGUUGUGCCCACACUGGCACAGCUGUUUGCCAAGGGGAGCUGCACGGUUGCUUCCCCCCUCCUGCUUUUGCAUUUUUUCUCUCCCCUCUUCUUGCUGUUUCUCCCCCCUCUUCUCGAGAGGAAAGAGCAAGGAAGCAGGAGGGGCUGGCUUGUGGGGGUGGGCUGGGGGGGGCCCACCGUUGCCGUGACAGGUGCCACCGCAGAAGGAAAGGCAAAGCCAUGGAGAAAGCCGGCUGCAAUUCCUCCCAUGGCAAAAAGGAGAUCCAGCCGCUCCGCUACCUGAGUAGAGAAGAAGCCGAGGCCAUCGAGAAGGAGCUCCUGGAAGAAUUCAAGUUUGGACAGCAGCAGUUGAUUGAGAUCUGGGGCCAUGCGUGUGCCAUGGCCGUUGCCAAGGUUUUCCCUCUGCGUUCUCUGGCGAAGAAGCAGCCGACACUGCUGGUGGUCUGCGGCUGCGAACAGAAUGGAGCCAUCGGCUUGGCAUGUGCGCGGCACCUGCGUGUGUUUGAAUACGAGCCAACAAUCUUCUACCCCAAGAGGUCCUCUAACCCUCUAUACCGAGAUUUCACUACACAGUGUGAGAAGAUGGAUAUCCCAUUUCUUUCCUAUCUGCCCACAGAGAUUCAGCUGAUCAGCGAUGCCUACAACCUGGUGAUCGAUGCCGUUCUGGGCAUGGAGACGAACCCGACCGAGGUAGCAGAGCCGUACAUCAGUGUCUUGGCUACUCUCAAGCAAAUCCGGAUCCCUCUUGUCAGCCUGGAUGUUCCCUCUGGGUGGGACGUGGAGGCAGGCAGCAGUGAAGGAAUCAGUCCCGACGUCCUCGUCUCGUUGGCCGCCCCCAAGCAGUGCGCCACCCGAUUCAUGGGCAAGCACCACCUGGUGGCCGGGCGUUUUCUCCCUUACGACGUGCAGAAGAAAUUUGAACUCAAUUUGCCGGAGUACAUUGGCACGGAAUGUGUGGUUUCUCUUUAAGGAUCCAGAGGCUUUCGCUGUCAGGUUGAACUGGGUUUUCUCUGCCCCCGCCCCCAAACAACUGCAUAUUUGGGAUGGUGCAGCUGGGUGGAGUCCCAUGUCAGCUUCUGCGCAUUGGAAUAUUUCAGGGGUGGGUGGGAUUAAAAGCAAUGCUUAGUUAUGUUGUGUAAGCCAGGCGAACAGGGAGUCUGGGUACGCCCCGUCUGCCUCAGGAGGGGCCUCUGGUUUUAAAAUAAAUUAUAGAAUUCCUGUAUAGAUGCAUUUUAAAAUAGCUUUUAUGAUUCCCAUUAAAGUUUCCACCAAUGUUUUACAUUUUGCUGAGA